UUACUUUGACUUUGAAACCUGGGGAACGAUUGUGAACGUCAGAACAUUGUUCAGAAGUGUUGUGAAGUGCCGGUUUUCGUUCUAUCAAUUUGCAACAAUGUCUUUCAACAAACUAAGUAUCGACAAAGUCGACCUUAAUGGAAAACGCGUUUUAAUGCGUGUGGACUUCAACGUCCCAAUCAAGGAUGGAAAAGUCGCCUCCAAGCAGCGCAUCGUCGCCGCCCUCGACUCCAUCAAAUACGCCCUGAACCAAAAUGCCAAAUCGGUCGUCCUGAUGUCCCACUUGGGCCGUCCCGACGGCAAACCCAACCCCAAAUACUCCUUGAAACCAGUAGCCGACGAACUUCAACAGUUGUUGGGCAAACCGGUGCAGUUCCUCAACGACUGCGUGGGCGACGAGGUGACCGCCAAGUGUGCGAGCCCUGAAAAUGGUUCGGUGAUCCUCUUGGAAAAUUUGAGGUUCCACAUCGAAGAGGAAGGCAAAGGCGUCAACGAAAAGGGUGAGAAGGUCAAGGCGGACAAAGAUGCUGUCGUUAAAUUCAGGGAAGGCUUGAGGAAGCUGGGCGACGUUUACAUCAACGAUGCUUUCGGAACGGCCCACAGGGCGCACGCCUCCAUGCUCGGCGAAGGCUUCGACGUCCGUGCCAGCGGUUUCCUGCUCAAGAAGGAACUGGCUUACUUCGCCAAGGCUUUGGACAACCCAGAAAGGCCAUUCUUGGCAAUCUUGGGCGGUGCCAAAGUGGCCGACAAGAUCCAACUGAUCGAAAACCUCUUGGACAAAGUCAACGAGAUGAUCAUCGGUGGUGGCAUGGCAUACACAUUCCUCAAAGAAACCAAAGGCAUGAACAUUGGCAAAUCGUUGUACGACGCAGAGGGAGCCAAAAUCGUCCAGAAACUGUUGGAGAAGGCGAAGGCGAAGAACGUGCAGAUUCAUCUCCCGGUCGAUUGCAUUACUGCCGAAAAGUUCGAUGAGAAUGCUGCCUCUGGCUCUGCCACAGUGGAGGAAGGAAUUCCUGACGAAUGGAUGGGCUUGGACAUCGGCCCGAAAACUGUCGAAGCUUUUAGGGAACCCAUCCGUAGAGCCAAGGUCAUAGUUUGGAAUGGACCUGCUGGCGUGUUUGAAUGGGAAAAGUUCUCUAAGGGUACCAAGGCCAUUAUGGAUGAAGUUGUCGAUGUUACCACCAAAGGAGCUACAACAAUCAUCGGUGGAGGUGAUACUGCAACUUGCUGUGCCGUCUGGAAGACAGAAGACAAAGUCUCACACGUGUCGACAGGAGGUGGAGCCAGUUUGGAGCUCUUGGAGGGCAAGGUGUUACCAGGAGUCGCCGCAUUAAGCGACGCUUGAAUUAUUCCACACAAUUGAUGUUAUUUAGUUUUAUGUACUGUGUAAAUUAUUAUUGUCGAGUUGAAUAAACACGAAAGGUUGUAGAGUGAUGCUUUAUUUGUUGUUACAAAGUACAGUUACUCUUCAGUGACGUCCACAAUCUAGGAAAGACAAGUAAAUAAAGACUAACCUACUGAA